CAUAGAGUCAAGACAACAAGCCGAGCCGAGGAGUAGCGGCCAUCAGCUGCCCGGACUGUGCAAGACAAAACAUUAACCAAGACAAGUCAUAGGAGAGAUGCUGGUGCCAGUUUAUAGCAUGAACGCUGAUUUACACCUGUAGUCCCUGAGCAGGUGCAGGACCCAUGAGUCAGAAUGGCCCCUGUCUGUGGACUGGGCUCCCUCAGAGCAGCCCGGCCCCCUGUGAGCGCUUCAAACUGGCCUGCUGCAGCCACCAGCACUAUGUGUAUGUGCUGGGGGGGCGCCAUUCCACCUGCCAGCGUGACUUCUGGAGGUACAAUGUCGUGUGCAACGAAUGGACCGAGCUGAACUGCACCAGUGAAGCUGCACCAGAAGCACUUGAGGAACAUUCUAUGGUGGCCCAUGAGGGCUUUCUCUUCGUGUUUGGAGGCAUGCUGGACAGUGCGUACACCAGCCUCAGAUGUCCCCUCUGGGUCUUUGACAUUAUGAGACAGAAGUGGGUACAGUGGCGUGGAAAGUCCCCACAGGCAGAGAGCCCGUCCAACAGAAAGGCCCACAGCGCAGUGGUGAUUGAGUCGGCCAUGCUGGUCUAUGGAGGUUACAUAGACCUGAAAGGAUCCUCUCAGGAGUUCUGGAGUUUGGACUUAGACUCCAUGGUGUGGUCCCCUGUGGCCUGCUCUCCACAGACCUCAUUAGGCCCAGGGCCCCGGCACAGUCACUCCUCCACAGCUUUCGGCACCUGCAUGUACCUGUACGGAGGGCUUAAAGGACUGCGUGAGCAGAGAGACUUCUGGAUGUGGAACUCCACCAGCAGCACAUGGAGCUCCCUCAGAACCAAAUCUGGCCCCUCUAAACUGGUAGGACACAGUGCAGUGACCUACAAAGACUGCAUGCUCGUCUUCGGAGGAUGCGAGUGCCAGAACUCACCUCAGAACUGCCUUUGGAGGUAUAACUUCUUCUCCCAAUCCUGGAACCAAAUCACCACUCUACCCGGCUCUGACCCUCCUCACAAAGUUCACCACUGCUGUGUCGGAUUGGGUCCUAGCUACUGCCGUCAAUAUGAAAAAUCAACUUUAAACUCAGAAAUUCAACUUAAUGAUAAAAUUAGACGCUUCAAAAAUAAGUGCUUCCCAACUCAACUUAGCUUUUUGGGCUCGGAGAACGCGAUCGAACUCCAAAUGUUGACACCACAAAAAAGUACUUCCCUGGACAAUAAAGAAAAGGAGUGGAGAAUGGACUGUUUGACUUUCGAAAACAAAGCGUUUAGGAACAGACUGAGUUUUGAAAAGGAACUGGACGAGAAUAUAAGCCAGAAUCUGCCAGACAUGUUGUUGGUGAUCGGAGGAAGGCCAUACACACUACACAAGCCUAUAUCUGUGUGGCAAAUGACACUGACAGACUCAUAGCGUAACAAUAGUUUAUAAAGGGGGCACAGGGAAAACAAAAUUUAUUUUGAUUUAAAGAACACAUAUUAUGCAUAACUGACUUUUUUUUAGCUUUAACCAUGUUAUAACUAUGGAUUGGUUUAACGGUUAUUGGUGAUAACGGAGGAUUUCCUGAUUGGCCCGAUUUAGAAAAUUUUGCCGAUAUAUGGCACUAAUAUUUUUUCUGCCCUAGCCUUUGUGUGCUCAUAUGUCAUUCCCAGUUUGAUUUGUCAGCCUUAGAUUAGUUUUUUUGAACAGACUGAGUGGAAAUGUUAAUUUAUAUCCAAUAUACCGGUAAAUACAUUUUGUCAUUAUCAUUUUUUUAAAAGCAAUAGGUUUCUUUGUAAACUUCACUAUAACUUAACAUAAAUUUGUUUUUUCCUACGGAUUUUAAAAGUGUUAUAUUGGUAUAGGCAAAUAUCACAACAAGUCACAACAAAAAACAAAUAAUGGAUAUGUGUAAAAAAAAAAAAUCCAAAUCUGACCAUCCCUAGUUAGAACAUUGUUCCCUCAUUUAAAACAGGCCUGAUGUAUUUAGCUUCAUUCACACCAGUGUCAGUAAUCCUUUCCUUGACUCUGAGCCACACCAUACAUUGCGUUUGAUAUUCCCGGGAUUGUAACAUCAUAGAUAGAAGCCCUGCCAAGUCCACAAAUCGUCAAACUCUGCGUUUCUUUUUUUAGCAGCUAUUAUCUUAAGUUCUAAAGCAAAAGUAGAGCAUGUUUAAAGAGUAUAAAUUGUGCAUAAUAUUUGUUCUUUAAUCUCAAUUGAAUUUAUACAACCAAAGAUUUCAACCACAG